GAUAUCCACAGCCUACCAGUCCGUGGUAAGACCGUCCAGAUUCCGGCAGCCAGUUCCAAGCCUGUUCGAAACGCACACCAGGAAACAUGGCCACUCUCACCGCUGAGACACAGGAGCUCUCCACCCUCAACGGCCGCUUCGCCGCCUACACCGAAAGGGUGCACGCCCUGCAGGAGAGCAAUGCCUCGCUGGAGGCCCAGAUCCAGGCCGCCCAGGCCAGAGCCGUCCCCUGCAACCACGGGACGUACCAGGGGAUGCUGGCGGCACUGCGGGCUCAGGUGGACAGCCUGUCGAAUGACAAGGCCCAGGUGGAGGUCGAGAGGAACAGCUGGCAGGCACAGGCCGAGGAGUGGCAGGGGAAGGCCGAGUAUGAGAUGUCUGUGCGCCCCGGGCUGCAGGCUGAGAUCGAGACGAACAGGGUGGAACUGCAAGCCAUAAAUGCAGCUCGAGUUGGCUUUGAGGGCAGAACGGCGGCCGCUCAGGAGGAGAUCAACGCCUUGAGGCAGAGCCACGCCGAGCAAGUAGCUGGCCUACGGGAAGAGUUGGCUGCAACUGUGACUAGGGUGGAGUCUCUGCAGUACGUGGUGACGGGCCCAGACCUGAGCGACACCCUGAGGGAGAUCCGUGAACAGUACGAGGCCAUGAGCCAGGCGAACAGGCAGGAUGCUGAGGCCAAGUACAGGCAGAGGUUUGCGGAGAUUGCCCAGCAGCGGGAGGCAGCCAGCGAGGCUCUGGCAGCCGCCAGGGCAGAAAUUGCUGGAUUCCACAAGCAAAUCCACGCUCAAAGGGCGGAGGCAGAGACUUGGAGGAGCAAGAACGCCUCUUUGGAAGAAACCCUGGGAGUUACACAGGGCCGCCUGCUGACUGAGGUUGAAGGAUACAGGCAAAACAUCCGGUCACGCGAGGCUCAGAUCGAGACUCUGAAGCAGGAGAUCUCCCAGCACCUCAUCAACUACCAGGAGCUCAUGAACGUCAAAAUGGCGCUUGACUUGGAAAUUGCGGCUUACAGGAAGCUGCUGGAUGGGGAGGAAGUGAGGCUGUCUGCUCUGUGAGGUCCGGAAAGCCCAGAUGGCCCAAACAGUGCCAACACAGUGAGACAAGUUGACAUGCCCUGCAAGAACGUUACGACGCGCGAAUAUGAUUUCAUAGCAAGUCCCUCAGUUUUAACAUUUGGUGUGAUAUAAAACGUAUAGAUGUUUUCUUCCGGGUACGUAGUUAUUGUUUUAGACGACGAGUUGUGUCAUUGUUUGUCCUAAUAUCUUCUUGGGAUCAUGGGCGGGAGUUAAUUUUGUCAGUUGAUUGAUAAAGAGGUCACGUCACGAAACUCAACAUACUUCACGAAAGG